GCUCAGAAACAUGCUGAGGUCCCGGCGGCUCUUCCAGCAGCGACAGCGGCUCCAGCAGCAGCGGCGGCGGCGGCGGCGGAGACAGCGCUCGGCUACGGAGGAGAAGGCGCCCGGCGUCCAUGCCUCCGGCCCCGAGCCGCGGCUGCCCUGACCUGGCCGCGACCUCCCCGCGCGGGCCCCGCAGCCCCGGCUCCUGGGGUGCUCCCCAGGCGCGGCCCAGCCCCGCCACACCCCCCGCCCCCGGCCUCCGCAGCUCGGCAUGGGCGCGGGGGCGCUCGCCCUGGGCGCCUCCGAACCCUGCAACCUGUCGUCCGCCGCGCCGCUGCCCGACGGUGCGGCCACCGCGGCGCGGCUGCUGGUGCUCGCGUCGCCUCCCGCCUCGCUGCUGCCUCCAGCCAGCGAGGGCUCAGCGCCGCUGUCGCAGCAGUGGACCGCGGGUAUGGGCCUACUGCUGGCGCUCAUCGUUCUGCUCAUCGUGGUGGGUAACGUGCUGGUGAUCGUGGCCAUCGCCAAGACCCCGCGGCUGCAGACGCUCACCAACCUCUUCAUCAUGUCCCUGGCCAGCGCUGAUCUGGUCAUGGGAUUGCUGGUGGUGCCUUUCGGGGCCACCAUCGUGGUGUGGGGCCGCUGGGAGUACGGCUCCUUCUUCUGCGAGCUCUGGACUUCGGUAGACGUGCUGUGUGUGACGGCCAGCAUUGAGACCCUGUGUGUCAUCGCCCUGGACCGCUACCUCGCCAUCACGUCGCCCUUUCGCUACCAGAGUUUGCUGACGCGCGCGCGAGCGCGGGCCCUCGUGUGCACAGUGUGGGCCAUCUCGGCGUUAGUGUCCUUCCUGCCCAUCCUCAUGCACUGGUGGCGGGCCGAGAGCGACGAAGCGCGCCGCUGCUACAACGACCCUAAGUGCUGCGAUUUCGUCACCAACAGGGCCUACGCCAUCGCCUCGUCCGUCGUCUCCUUCUACGUGCCCCUGUGCAUCAUGGCCUUCGUGUACCUGCGGGUGUUCCGCGAGGCCCAAAAACAGGUAAAGAAGAUCGACAGCUGCGAGCGCCGCUUCCUCGGCGGCCCAGCCCGGCCGCCCUCGCCUGAGCCCUCGCCGUCACCUGGGCCACCGCGCCCCGCAGACUCGCUGGCCAACGGGCGCUCCAGCAAGCGGCGGCCGUCGCGCCUCGUGGCUCUGCGCGAGCAGAAGGCGCUCAAGACUCUGGGCAUCAUCAUGGGUGUGUUCACGCUCUGCUGGCUGCCCUUCUUCCUGGCCAACGUGGUGAAGGCUUUCCACCGCGACCUGGUGCCGGAUCGCCUCUUCGUCUUCUUCAACUGGCUGGGCUACGCCAACUCGGCCUUCAACCCCAUCAUCUACUGCCGCAGCCCCGACUUCCGCAAGGCUUUCCAGCGCCUGCUCUGCUGCGCGCGCCGGGCCGCCUGCAGACGCCGCGCAGCCCACGGGGACCGGCCGCGCGCCUCCGGCUGCCUGGCGAGAGCUGGGCCGCCGCCGUCCCCCGGAGCUCCCUCGGACGACGACGACGACGACGCCGGGACCACCCCACCGGCGCGCCUGCUGGAGCCCUGGACCGGCUGCAACGGCGGGACGACCACUGUGGACAGCGAUUCGAGCCUGGACGAGCCGGGGCGCCAGGGCUUCUCCUCGGAGUCCAAGGUGUAGAGAGCCAGGCUCUCUGGGCGCACGGACGCCGCUCCCCAUAGUCCCGGGCUGGACACGGGCUCUGCAUCUCUAGAGGAAGAGAGCCCGCCUGGGCGCCCCUGAGCCGCUCCCCAGGGGAGAGAGGAGAUCUCUGUUUACUCAAGACCGAAAGCAGGUGAAUGCAAAGCCCACAGAUCUAUCGAAUCAUCCGAGACGUACAGAAAAACCCCCGGACCGAGCGUUUGCGCAAAAAGGAAAGUUUAGGAGGAGUUGGGAGAGUGUGGCUUAGUGUGGCUUACUGGUUUGUCUUGAGUUCCUUUCUCUCUGAGGUUCGGCCUUUCGUGUGUUUAAUGCACCUUCAGGCAUUCCCCCCCGUCCCUAGGUGGGUUUUGACACUUUCUGCAAGGACCCGAGUGGAAACUAGGAGGGGAGGGGAAGGGGCAGGAUGGAGUCUAUCACCUGGCCUUCCGGUUCCACACCUAGGAACCUAAGUAUUCAGCUCAGGUUUGGUGUGGGGGCGGGGGCGGUGAUAAUUAGCCAGGAAGUGUUUCCCUUUGCUUUCUAAAGAAAUUGCAUACUAAUUCCGGAGUACUGGUGUCUCCUGUUCUUAAAGCAAAGGGAAAAGAAGGAUGCGGGGAAACAGACAAAUCUGGUUUCGAGAAACUAUGUGUGGAGCACUGUUCACCUUGCUUUCUCCUAGAGGGCAAACCCUGUGCCCUGCGCGCCUCGGUGGUCCUGCUGUGGGUCCUCUACCUCACUCUGUGCAUAUUGCACAGCAAGAUAGAAAGACUUGUUUAUAUUAAACAGCUUAUUUAUGUAUCAAUACUAGUUGGAAGGACCAGGCGCUGAGUCUCUCUCUGUGACAUGUGACUCUGUCAACUAAAGAUAGGACAGAACAAAAGGAAACAGUUGAGAUUAUUGCACAUGUGGCUAAAAACAAAGACGACAAAAAAAAAAAAAGGCAGUGGUUGGAAGGCCAUUUUGCACAGCGUUAGGCAUUGUAAAAUUCAUAGAAGUUGUUAACUUGCACAAAAAGUUAAAUAUUUUUACUGGGAUGGGGAGGUGGGCAGAUCUUUAAAAAGCUAAAAUAAAAUUCAAACUCAGUUUUCUUGUCUAUUAUGUUAUUGAGUUGAUGGUUUAUUGGGAAGUUUUUAUACUCUUAUCAUGGUACUGUAACUGUAUCCAUAUUAUAAAUAUUAUUCUCUUACGUAUUUUUAUUAUUAUUUUUUAAUGUCCAAGUGCCCACGUGAAUCUGCUGGUAAAAUUUAGCACUCGUGUGUAUAUUCUAUCUCUUCUUGUGUGUGUGACCAAGUAUUUAUACUCUGGUGCAACUAACUACCGUGUGGGAAUUGGUCCAUGUGCAAUAAAAACAGCAGUGCAGCUCAAUAGAGGUUCCGUGCCGUGUGUCUGUAAGGGGGUCCGCGAUGACAAGAGAGACUUGAGUGUUUGCUUCAAAAUACAGACUGGCGGCCUUUUUAAUAUCUCUUUAUGACUCAAUCACAGAGCAAAGUGCCUCUAGACCAAAUAAGGCGCUCACCAACAGAGAGUCACAGAUUUGCCCCAAAUUUUCACAGCCGGAUUCAAGGUAUUCCAGACAACUCAGGCACCCUCAAGAGCCCAUCUGCUACAGUUGAUGGAAGAAGGGAUUUCGUAUCUUCUGCAAAGGAGAGCCAGAGAGAGUGUUGGAGACGGGGUAACUCAGCAGCAACAUCUCACAGAAACACAGGCAGGAAGGAGUGACCCACUGGAUGAUGUCGCCCACUUGAAACACGUUCUGAUUUGGGAAUACAGCAAGACUGAAGUCCAAGUGAAAACAAUGCCCUCCCCUGCAAAACAGCCUGGAGUUUCAAGCAAAAUGUCUCCAGGCAUGGGGGAGGAUGUUCCAAUGUUCCUGCCCUGUUCCACAGUCCAACCACAGGAAAGCUAAGGACCGUCAUCAAGCAUCACAGCGAGGUGCAGGAAUGGGAGGCGACUGCCCAUCUUCACGAUUCCCACAGAACAACUGCUCAGACUGCCAGUGCCACGCAGCCGGGCGCGUGUUUCCACUUGCUGCAAGUCUCUAGUUACCUCUUAGGGAGGUGAUCACGGCAGUGUUGGCGUUGGAACCGAGGGCCUUGACAACUGUGCUCAGAAAUCUCGCUACCAUUGAGUGUGAUGCCUUUUGAACCCCAUCCCACUAAACUUAUCAUUAAAGCUCCAGCAAUGUUUCCAGCUAUACACGGAUGGAAAUAGCUUCCGGAGGAAGAGUCCCCCAGAUUCCAAGUCAGAAACUGGAAGAGAGGGAGCAACCCAGGGCUGCUUUCCUUCUGGCUCAGCGGAUCUUAGGGACCUCACGGGUGCAGAAGGGAGGCGCUGGGAGGCCAGCAGUCGCCCACGAAGAGAUCUGCUCCUGGGAAAGUCCUCAAAGCCAGGUGAAGUGUAGCAUCCUGAAGGAAAAAGGAGGGCGGAGCAGUGGGCCACUCCGCGGGAAUCAAAGGCGGGGGCGGGGGAGAGGAUGUGGUGGGCCGCUGACAGAAAGAAGUGGCUGGCUGCAGGCUCCAAAGGGGACCUGUUCCCAGCUUGCCACUUGGAUGGCACCUUUCAAAGCCCCACGGAGACAACAGGACAAAGGGAUGAGAAGCUCUGCAGUGAGGGUGCGGCUCCUCCCCGCCUUUGAGCUCAGCGCAGCCCCGGAGCCGCCCUUGGCCGCUCUGUGCUCCCUCACUGGUGUCCUUUGAUCCACCAACUGCUCCAGCCCUUUCGAGGAAGCCAGAGGAGGGGCGCCCAGCUCCCCACUAGAGGGGAGGUAGGAUUUCUUUGAAAUGGAACGACAACGAUUCUGUUGGCUUAAUAGGAAGCUAUCCACUGCAGACAAAGUUGGGUUUGCCUACCAAACCAAGAUACUUCUUGGUUGUUUGCAAGAAAGCUCCCUUUGAUAAGGUGACUCUCAUUCACAGAGAGGCUGGCUGGGUGAACAACGUCCUUCGGUUGUUAUGUUAGGGGGUGAGAAUGUAGCGCCUGCCCAGACAGGACAGUUCUCAGGCAUGGCGUGAGAAGCCGCCUUGCUGUGUUCCUUCACACUGCCUUAAAGUUUAUGAAUCCUCCGCAGACCACACCUUGCUCUCCUGGCUGGUUCUGCUGGUUGUAAUAUCUCAUAAAAACAGCUGUUUACAGACUGCUUGGUCAUUCCCACCCUGAACUCUUCCUGGACAGGAGGCAGCUGCUCUAGAGUUUAGAUGUUUAAAACAAAGCCCUUCCAGCUAGGCUCACAGCCUUAUCUUCCAAACAACAGAAAGUAGAGCCUUUGGUAACACCAUUCAGAUUCAAUUCAAACCAGCUUCUCAGAUUUCAGAGCACCAGCAACUCUGUUUAAUGUCCCAAAAGAACGAUUUCUGAGCUUAAGAAAUUACAGACUGAGAGAGCAGCAGAGUCGCUUGCUGGAGUCAGAAGGAUGAGAUGUAGGUCUGGCCGGGGUGAGGCAGGAAGAGGACGUCACAGUGGUUCAGGCAAAGCGCCUGUAAGCACGUUGUCCUUUCUUCCAAAUGUCUACCCUUGAGAGUAGGAAGUAAACUUCUCAAAGAAGCUCUUGAUGUUUUCUGGGUUAGAGUUUGGGCGAGAGUGAAGCCAUGCUCUAACACACUGUGUUGGGCUAGUGCCUGCCGCUGAGACUGCUCUAAGGCUGUCUGUCACCUGACUCUGGAAGGCAAGAAGCCCAGCUCACAUUUCAGAUACCUGAGGCUCCUGAAGACAGCCAGGUUGAUAAGCCUGAAGAGAGAUCCUCCCAGGGCUGGGUGGUGACAGCUGGUUGUUUGGUAACAUUCCUCUGCCAUCUAGUGGCACCAGCCUACACUUCCCUCUCAGAUGAACUUGGAGUUCCCACGCUCCGAUGGAGUUCCUAGAUUUUUUUUCUUUCGUUCAAAUUGAGUUUUCUAAAUCGGCCAUCUUUAAGGGUCAGUGGGACAGUUCAGGAAGUGAGGGUGUUUCUCACCAAGUUGGAGUCUUAAGAGCCAUUUGGCAGAAGGAGUGUAUCUAUCUAUCUACUCCCACAAGUGGUCUUUUGGCCUCCAAACACACUCAAUGGCAACUGUGUGCAUUUGCACAUUAAUUAAAAGCCCAUCUCAAGAGGUCCAUCAGAGAAAGGCCCACUCCACAGAACUGACUUUGAAUCUGUGCCAUGAUGCUGGCCAGACACUUCACCAUGGGGAUGCAGCCUGGUAAUCUGUGACAAGCGACAACUUGUUUCCUCCUAUGAGUGUGCUUCCUAGCACAGAAGCCAUUCACAGCUGUAAAAAGCAUCCUUGCAGUCUCUAUCCCUGGAAACAGGACUCCAUGCUGUGUCUCCUCUAUGUCUUGCUCUCUGAAUUGUUUGAGGAGGUAGCAAAGACUUCAAGUUCAUCACGCUGUUCUCCUGACUACAGCCUUCUGCCCUGCCUGAAGCCUUGUGCUGCCCUCGGGCGGGCCUCUGAGAGCGAGCCCUGUUCUACUCUGGUGCUCUGAAGUCCGUGUUGACAACAGCAAACAUUUAUUCAACGCUACAAGAUCGGCUCUGAGGUUCUUGAUACUCUCACUGCAUCCAGAUGCCGCAGUAGAGAUUCUCAGAGAACUCCCUGGAGUGUAUCUCCUACCGACAGCCUCUGCACACAAGGAGAAUGACACAAGGUCAAACCGGUGACAGAAGCGAGACUUAUGCUCAGGCAGAUGCUAAUUAAUAUAUACAUUCUUAGCCAUUUGGCCACUGCUUUGUUCAUAUUCCUCUGGUGCAAUUUUAACUAACUUAUCUAAUUUUUCAGGUGAUCACAAGUCCAGUCUUGGGGGCUGUGGCUGUUUCUCAGUGGCAGAGCACGAGUAUGUCUAAGGCCCUGGGUUUGAUCCUUAGCACUGCAAAAGAACAAAAAUUUAAAAUAGGGCUGGGGCGCAGGUGAAGGUAGGCAGAAAUGUUUGCCUGGAAAGUAUGAGGACCUGUGGUUGGAUCAUCAGAAGCCAUGUAAACUGGCUGCACAGUGCAAGGGCCCUGUCAUUCCAAGCAUGUCUCAUGGCUGGGGUGGUCAUAAGCCAUAUCAUGGGACCCCACUAUACUGCCUUACCAAGUGAAUAUGCUGUCAAACUGUCUUCUAAAUAUUUAUGGCUAUACCCAUAGAGUGGUGCUGCUCUCUACUUUGGUCUGAGAAGCUUCUUUUUGCAGUGGGCAGCAGUCAAUGCAGACUCAAAACUGGUCAAAACGUUGAGAAUAAAUGUUGAGUGCAGAGCCAGAAAUGGGACAGUGUAUCACCUCCACAAGGGGACAGUGUAUCACCUCCACAAGGGGACAGUGUAUCACCUCCACAAGGGGACAGUGUAUCACCUCCACAAGGGGACAGUGUAUCGCCUCCACAAGGGGGACAAUAUAUCACCUCCACAAGGGGACAGUGUAUCGCCUCCACAAGGGGAUAGUGUAUUGCCUCCACAAGGGGAUAGUGUAUCGCCUCCACAAGGGGACAGUGUAUCGCCUCCACAAGGGGACAGUGUAUCACCUCCACAAGGGGACAGUAUAUCACCUCCACAAGGGGACAGUGUAUCGCCUCCACAAUAAUAAGGAACACCAAGGGAAGGGGAAUGGGAAGAUGAUCUAGAGGACAGGAGUGGUGCUGGGAAAUGCUGUGUUCUGGAAAUGGUGUGGCUAUUGUACUCCUGCACUCACAGAAGUCAUGGUUACCUGUGGAAGACCUACAGAAGAUCAAGCCAGCCAGCAAUUCCAGCAUGGGUGGAAAUGGGUUCACGAGUCUCCAAGCCCAGUUAAGGAGCUAAGGACAGCUGCUGGGAGAGGAGUUGUCAUUUUUCUUUUUGAGUAUGGCUACAUGUGCACUCAAGCAGCAGUAGCUGGAUCCAGUGGGUUCUUAGAAAAGGAGAAGAGGAGAAGGAGGAGAGGGAGAAGAAAAAGGAGGAAGACAUAAAUGUACUGAGGUGUGUGCUGGGGUCAUCCAGGAGUAGUAGGAGGGAGGAGCUGGGGUUGAUAGAUCAAGAUACAGAUGAAUUUUUUAAAAGAUUUAUUUAUUUUA